CGUAACGAGGCCUGGGAAUCUACGUCCUGAAGGAGCGAUACUCUGCUUCUGGCUUUAACUGCCAUUGGAGCUCUCGCCGCUUGUUUCGAUCGCAUUGUCUGAACAGCGCACCAAGCUAUCAUGGACGGCAGAGGCUACGGUUCUGGAUAUUCCAGUUGGGGAGGUGGAGGAUCAGGUAGCAGAGGUUCUGGUGGCUUUGACCUGUACGGGGGUGGUUAUAAGGACUCAAUGUCUGGGCUCGGGGGCUAUGGAGGAGGAGGGGGCCACAUGAAGAGAGGUCUCUCUGGAGCAUCCCUGCUCUCAUCCACGGGCACGCAUGCAGAUGCAGUCAUCGCCAAGAUUAACCAGCGCCUGGACAUGCUCACUCAGUUGGAGGGGGGGCUGAAAGGGGCUCGGGGUGACAGGUUUGACCAGUACGAGUCAUUCGACUCGCGCGCCUCUGCUCUCACCUCCUCCCGAGAUCUCUACAGAUCUGGCGGCGGUAGCUAUGGGUAUGGUGAUGGCCGUGGGGACAACCUGCUGUUGGGUCAGCGAGGAGGCUCGGGCUUCGGAGGGGGAAUGGGGCUAGGGGGAGGAGGAGGCUUUGACAGCCCCUCCUCUUCCUAUGGAGUCGCUAAAAUGCGACAGAGUAUGAGGGAGUCCUUCACCAGUGGCCAGGGAGGAGGUUCUGGAGGUGGAGGAUGGGCUGGAGCAGGCCGACGUUCCCCCAGAAGGGGUGGAAGUGCCGGGGGUCGAGGAGCUGGAGGAGGGUUUGGAAGCCGCAGGUCUGACCCCACUCCAUUAGGCGGUGGGAGGGGAAGUGGUAGUGGUGGCCAGUCCCACCAUGGCCACUCUCCAGGAGGUGGUAGAGGCAAGCUCCCAUCCCUCCUGUCCAACCGCAUGUACCCUGAGAGUGGGGGCUUCCAUCAGGGUUCCACUCAAGGGCCUCACGACUUUCCUGGGAGGCAUUUUGGAGGGGGCCCACGGGCUGGCCGCCAGCGAGGCCGCAAGAGACCCCUCAACAAACAGGUGAAGCCACAGCGUGAUGUCCAGAAGAAGAGAAAACAGACGCUUACUGCAGCUGAUGAGCCAGAGUCAAAGAUAAACAAGACUGAGAGCACAGGGCCAGAGGCUACCCAAGAACAAGCUGAGAAAAAUGGUGAUGACAGUGAACCAAAGACUACAGCUGAGGAGACAAAACCUGCUGAAGAUGGAGAUAAAGCCUCACCCAAACAGGACGAGAAGAAAAAGCCUCAGGGCAAGCAGACCCCAGUCCAGGGUCAGGACAAGCACCCAAAAAUGAGAAAGAGAAGGGGCUUCCUGGAAAGGGUGAUGUUUGCAUGCUCUGUCUGCAAGUUCAGAUCAUUUUACAAGGAGGAAAUGGAAACUCAUCUUGAGAGUCGCUUCCACAAGGACCACUUUAAGUUCCUAUCCAGCCAGCUGUCCAAGCCCACAACAGACUUCCUACAGGAGUAUUUGCAAAACAAAUUUAAGAAGACAGAGCAGAGGGUGAGUCAAUUGGACAACCACAGUGCUGCUAUCUGCCAGGUGUACAAAGAGCAAGACCUCACCAGGGAUCUUGGUAUGGAGCACUUCAUGAGGAAGGUGGAAGCUGCUCACUGUGCAGCAUGUGAUCUCUUCAUUCCCAUGCAGCCCCACCUGAUACAGAAACACAUCAAGUCUCCUGACCAUAACUACAACCGGAAGGGAAUGAUGGAGCAGUCCAAGAGGGCCAGUCUGUCAGUCGCUCGUAGCAUCCUCAACCACAAACUCAUUGGCAAGAAGCUGGAGAGUUAUCUUAAGGGUGAAAAUCCGUUCACUGGUAACCAGGAUGACCAGGAUCCUGAGGACUCCAUGGUGAUGGACGUGUCAGAAAUGGAGUUGACCAGCGAGACAGCAGACGGUCAGACAGAGGCAGUACAAGCCAAAGAGGAUGCUGGGGAAGCAGGAGAGGCGGGCCAAGAGCUGGUCGAGGGUGAAGCAGCAGCAGAAGCAGACGCAGCAGCAGCAGCAGAGGAGCUAAAGAUGGAGGAGGAGCUAGGAAUGGAGGGAGAGGAGGAUCACAGGAACCAGGAAGAGGAGGAAGGUUUUGAAGUUGGAGAGGAGGAGGAGGAGGGAUACGUGGUGCAUGAUGAGAUUGAUGAAGAAGGAUUACAGGGUGACCUGGAGGAAGAGGAGGAGUAUGAAGGAUUGGAGUCAGCGGAAAUCGAGGAGGAAGACAAGACUCAUGAAUGACUUUUGCACCCUGGGUGUGACUUCUCAACCUAAACAUCUGUCUGGACCAGUCCGUGACCUCCACUCUCCCAUUCAACCCAACUUCAUUGCCAGGCAUAUUAAGAAAUAAACAUACCUGCUUCCACCAUUUUUCACCGUCUAAUGACUGAGCUUAUAUAAUGUUAUUUUUUGUUGAAGGAACAGUUCCACAUUUUGGGAAAUAUUCCUAUUCACUUUGCUGCUGAGAGUUAGGUGGUCAGAUUAAUGACACUAUAAAAAUGUCUUAUUCUCAUUUAAGACUUGAGAAGAAAGCAAAUAUGUGUAUUUCCAAGAAUCUCAAACUGUUCCUCUUUUUACUUUUUCUUGUGCCUUUUGUUGAAUAUAGAUUAAUUUGUUUAGAAUUUGUUAAGAAGUCAUGAGUAUUGUAAAGUUGAGAUAUUAUGUACCUUGUUUUUUUUUCUUAUCGGAGUUGACACAACACCAUUGCAUUCUGUCUCUUGCCAGUAUUCAUGGUGAACAGGUGAUUUCCCUCAACUUUUUGGUGAAAUCUAGAGCAUGGUGGGGUUUUUCUUCCACAGCUAGGGUGCCUGAGAUAAUUAACUGUGGACUGUUACUGUAGAAUAAGUAUGGGUUAAGUGUGGGAUAUUCAGAAUGGGUAUCAGUCAUGUCAUCAACAGUUUUGUUUCACUCGGAGUAAGAAAUAAACUUGUUGAAUAAA